AUGGGAGAGAAGUUAAGCUUCCAUAGCUCUGUCAAGUUUGGUGAUAUUUUUAUCCCAAGCCAUGACACCACAGACUCAGGAGAGUCCGAUCCUGAUUUGGAUGUGCCACCCUCAUCAUCCUCUCUAGCUUCAACUGAAGGCGAGGAUGAUUCGGAGGAUCCUGGAUCUGGGUGGAUUGGAAGAAACGGCGAAGUGUGGUUUUCUACCAACGCGGAGACAACUCCCUUUCUUCAGCCAGCAAGAGGCGUGACUCCAGGGCCGACCUGCUAUGCCAUUGCAAGGGUCCAGAACAUUGAUUCUGUGUUCAAUCUGUUUUUUACAGAGGAGAUGAUUGACCUCAUUGUCAGCAUGACCAACCUCCAUGGGCGCCGCACAAUGAGAAACUGGACCGAGAUGGACUCCACAAAUCUCCAUGCCUACAUGGGGCUACUGAUUUUGGCCGGCGUCUACAGGUCCAGAGGGGAGUCCACACAUUGCCUGUGGGAUAAUCGCAGUGGUCGUUUUUUGGCGAUUUUUAGAGCCACCAUGUCCCUCUCAAGAUUCCAUGAAAUCAGCAGAGCUCUGCGUUUUGAUGACAAGCUGCAGAGACCAGCUCGCCAUAGAGAGGAUAAGCUUGCCCCGAUCAGAUCCCUGUGGGAAAUGUGGACGCAUCGCCUUCCCCUCCUAUUCAACCCUGGCAAAGAUGACACAGAGGAUGAGCAGCUUGUGCCAUUCAAAGGGAGAUGCAGCUUUCGGCAAUACAUGCCAAAAAAAACAGCAAAAUACGGGCUAAAAAUUUGGGUGACUGCUGAUGUUGGCACAUCCUAUGCCUGGAUGUGUGACAUUUACCUGGGUAAGACAGGUAAUGCUGCAGAGGUGGAUCAGGGAAAGCAUGUUGUCAUGGAGAUGACAGAAGGACUCCAGGGCGUCACUGUCACCUGUGACAACUUCUUUACCUCCUACCCACUUGCUCAGGAGCUUCUGCGGAAGAAAAUAGCCUUGGUCGGGACGAUCAGGAAAAAUAAACCAGAGCUGCCACCCAACCUGGUGCAGGCUAAAGGACGACCUGCCCUCUCCACCGUCUUCGCCUUCACAAAGAACACCACGGCUGUGAGUUACAUUCUGAAACGGGGGAGGAAUGUGAUCCUCAUCAAUACAAGGCACCGCGAAGCAGUGGUGACAGAGGGACCAAAAAAGAAGCCAGAGAUAAUCGCAGAUUACAACCGCUGCAAGGGAGGUGUCGACAAUCUAGACAAGGUUGUCGGCACCUACAGCUGCAGAAGUAGGACCAAUCGGUGGCCACAGACGUUAUUUUUCAAUAUGGUGGACGUCUCGGCAUAUAAUGCAUGUGUCAUCUUCACAGCUGUGGAUCCCUCCUGGAACCAGGCGAAGCUGUUUCGGAGAAGGCUUUUCCUUGAAGAGCUGGGAAAUUCUCUGGUCUCUGCAACAAUACUGAGGAGAGAGCACCUCCCUCGUGCACCAGUUGCUGCUUCGCUGGUGAGAGAGAUUCAGUCUUCUGCAGCUGUCCCUCCAGACACAGAUCCACAGACACCAGCAGGCACCAGGAGCUCAGAAGGGAAGAGGGGAACAUGCAAGUGGUGCAGGACAAAAAAAAAAGAACAACAGUCAGCACUUGCAUCCGUUGUGGUGGGCACACUUGCAAAGAGCAUCAAGUGA